GUAAUGCGCAUGCGUAAGGCAGGUAAAUCAACUUUUUCGCAAUGGCGGGUAUCCGUGAUGAAACGAGGAAGCUCUUCCCCGUUGAUAGUGUUCGGGCUAUCUUGGAGAUAUUCCGUUCAGAAUUGGAUGGAGAUCAUGAACCGAAUUUGACGAUUCUUUCGGUUGUUAUUGGGAUGGUGGAAAACAUUUUAACGAGCAAUCGUGCUUCGUCCCAGGGUCAAGCUGCUGAUGAGAACCGCAUGUGCAUUGAACCCAUCUUCCCAGUCAUUGAGUUACCGAACGUUGAGGCAUUGUGCGCGAAAUUCGAGGCACAAGUGAAGGGAUCUGUCGACUUGAGCGACUACAAAUCAGAAUUUGCUAACCGAGAAAUGGUGAAAAAGGUGUCGGACAUUAUCUGGAGUUCCCUUUCUCGCGCAUACUACAAAGACAAGGCCCACUUGCAAUCUCUUUUCAGUUACUUGACUGGAAACCAGCUAGACUGUUUUGGUGUUGCUUUAGCUGUGGUUGCUGCGUGUCAGAUCCUGAACUUCAAAGAUGUACAUCUAGCCCUAUCUGAAGACCAUGCAUGGGUUGUGUUUGGAGAGAAAGGAGAAGGGACUGCUGAGGUCACUUGGCAUGGAAAAGGGAAUGAGGACAAAAGAGGGCAGCCUAUCAGCAUGGGUAUCACAGAGAAGAGUUGGUUAUAUUUGAAUGGUUUUCCUGUGGUGUGUACAAGACACAUGGAGGUAGCAGCUUUGGUAUCAGCUAUCAAUCCAACUAUCAGCUCGUCAUUAGACAGCAUAGAACUAGCAUCUUUACAACAGGUGGGUACAUUUUUAAUUGUAGGGUGUGAGUAUAUUGCUGUCCACAAAAAAUAAAUAUUUAAAAGGGUAGUUUAUUAAUAUCAUGGUAAGAUGUUAUAAUGGGGACAAGUUGAUAAACAAAAUGGGAAGAAAAAUUGUAAUUUUCUGUGCUUAAAAAUUGUAAUUUUCUGUGCUUAAAAAUUGGAUUUUGCUAUGAUAUUUUCCCCCCAAUAUUUGUUUAGAUAUUUCUGUGGCUAUCCUGGAUUAGAGGCAUGCCUUUAUAAGGGUUGCACCUGUCUUUAUUUGAAUGGCAAAUUAACAACUAGAACUGCAAUCGUUUCAGAACGAUGUGCAUGCAUUGACGCGUCUGAUUGAAAGGUCAAGUCCACCUCAUAAAAAUGUGAUUGGAAUCAAUAGGGAAAAAUCAGACAAGCACAAUGCUGAAAAUUUCAUCAAAUUCGGAUGUAAAAAGAGAAAGUUAUGACAUUUCAAAGUUUCGCUUCGAAAUAAGAACAAGUUCAAGUUGUGCUGGCAUUAUAGUGCAUUUUUGCGAAUUUUGCUGAUUUUCGGGAGCAUUUUUCAGAUAUUUCGUCAGUGGUAAGGUAUAUUUUUUUCUAAAUGGCAUGAAAGGGCAUAUCUUGAACACCCUAAAUCUAAAAAAGGGUACGGGUUUGGCCAUGCAUGACGCAAUGAGGAGCAUUCAAAGAUAAGCGUUUUUGAAACUUUAGAGGGCGCUAUUUCAGUAACGGAAAUUUAGUGAUGCGUGAAAACUAAUUCCUAUGUAUGAUAUGGUACCAGUAUCAAUUCCUGAAAAUAUGAGCUCGAAAUGAAUAAAAACAAGAAAGUUAUGGCCAUUUUACGAUUUUUUGACUUUACAUUUCAAUAAAUAUGACGUUUUUGAAGGAAGGCUAUUUCGGAUUUGAAUUUAGGGCAUGAAGAUGGCAUUUUGAAGGUCAGGUUAUACGUCGCAAAUGAUGGAACAACUCUUUGACUAUCUAUAGCAAUUUGUUAAAAGUCUGUAGAAUGCAGGAUGCGGGAGUUAGGACGAGAUUAGUAAUGGUAUGCAAAUGGACUUGAAAUUUACAAAAUGGCGCCUAGAUGGUCAUGCAUGAGUUAUUUUGAAAAAAGGAAGACGAGGGGCACAACUAGGGAUGCUGGACAACAUGUCUACCAAGUUUGGAUGAAUUUGGAUGAGGGACGGAGCCAGGGCAGAGCUAACAAACACCAUGUGUUAAACAAAUGGGAUUUUGUGGAAGAAGCAG